AUGAGCUUGGGAUCGAGCUCUAGCUAUGCGAUUGGAUGGUCGGCUUCUCGAGAUCGUACUGCUGAUACCAGCAGGGGUGGUAACUCCCUGCUACUCCCCAUCACCAUCUGGAGGAUCUCAAGAUCUGAUCCAAAUUUUUCAAUUUUUGAACGGUGGAGUAGACACAAAGAGACUUUUCCUACUUUAGCCAAGAUUGCUAAACAACUCCUUGCAGUUCCUGCCUCAACUGUCGUAGUUGAACAAACAUUUAGUAAUGGAGGCAACAUUUUAGAUGAAAGACGAUCAAGAUUAGGUCCAAAAUCAUUGGAAGCGCAAACUUGCCUCGAUGAUUGGGAAAGAGCUAGACUACAAAGUCAAAAAGACCUUAUACACUCAUCAUCAUCAGACGAGUGGGUAAAUGAUGGUUAUGGUACAACAACGGCGGCUUCUAGUUCCAACUCCUCCGAUGAUGAUGCAAGCAAUUAG